UCGGCGGGUCAGUGGUGUCUGUCCCGGAAACCGGGACGCGAUCGGGGUCCCGAUCCGACCCUCCACCGCCCGCCGUGUCUGUCUCCUCUCGUCGCGAUAAUCAUCCGGCCGUUGAGUCGUUCUUGAUCGCGGUGGCGCGUCGAACUUACGGCCCGCCGUUUCCCCGAAUCGCCCCGCGAUCUCGUCGGCGAACGCGAGAUAAAAGCACACGCCGCCGCGACUGGCUCGCGUCCCGCUUAUCGCCGCGAUAGUCGCGAUACUCGCGUCAAGUGGGCGUACGUAGUGCGCCGCAAAUCGCGAGGCGACGCUGAGACAUACGCAUCGCAUCAACCGUCCGUCCUGACAUGCGGAUACCGACGCGUGCUGCGCCUCGUCCCCCGGGCCAGAGUGCGACGCAAAGAGAUCCGAUCUGGAGCAGCAGUAAUGAUAUAUUUGGAGGUACCCUAACGACACAACCUGGACAGAAGAAGAAACCACCUCCUCGACCACCACCUCCAAAAUUCAAUUAUAACCACACGCAGUACCAGAAGGAUCAAAAACCAAAAAAGCCAGCCAGGCCGACAGAGCUUCUGACUAAUUUCUUUGGACGAAAAAAGCAGGAGAAUCCUUUUCCAUUGCGUUCUACAGGCCAGUUACAAAAUUCAAUGGCACAGCCUUCAAACUCAGUCGCGACAGUAUCUUUGAUAGAUCUCAGCCCGCCUGGGUCGCCGACGUUCACGACACGCUCGAGUGACGGUGUCAGCGUCGACAGUUUCGGUAGUGACGGAAACUCCAAUCCAUCUGUAUUCACGAGUAGCGGAAACACAUCGCAAACGGAAAGUGCCUUCGAGGAUGAUUUUGACUUUUUCGGUAUGUCCACCAGGAAGGUAGUACAAAAUGACCCAUGGCAGACUAAAACAACGAUGCAAGAUCCGUUCGGGCCUCUCGAGGACACGUGCUCGAAUGUGCCUCAGAUCGCCAGCGGCGCAAACUUCUUCCCUUUUAACUCCAACAAUCGCAUGGCGAACCAAGUGCCUUCCAAUUCGAUCGCUUCUAAACCUUUCGUGACAUCGAUGCCUACGAUAAUUCGAGCGAAACCUCCUAAGCCUCCAGCGCCAAAAUUACCAUUUAAGAAACUCGAACCGAUCCCUAGGGAAGCGUGUAUCAAUUUCAAAGUUUCGAGUAGCGGCACAAUGAAUAAACCAUUGACAUUGAAUUUUUCUAAUGCGUGGCCCAAUGACGGUGAGGACAGUGAUAGUCCGUCGCCGCCCAUGCCAACGAUUCCACCGCCGGCACUACCUGCGAAUUAUUUGGCAGAGCUUGGCAGCAAUUUUAAAGAAGAUUCUAAUGAACCUUACGGUAUUGCGCUGUACGAUUUCUCAGCGACACAGCCGACCGACUUGGCUUUAAAGGAGGGCGAUAUUGUGCAGUUGGUGAAGAAGGUCAAUGAUGACUGGUUGGAAGGAAGAAUAGGAAAUCGUCAGGGGAUCUUUCCACUUAGUUUCAUUGAUAUUAAAGUACCUUUGCCAGGUUUAUCAGACAACGUGGUCACAGCGCUUUACGCUUUUCCGGGAGAAACCAGCGACGACUUAUCAUUUGAGGAGGGCGCGAAAAUCACAGUCAUAUCAAGGGUAUCGAAAGAUUGGUUGUAUGGUGAGUACAACGGUAGGAAGGGACAAUUUCCAGUAAAUUAUGUAAAUAGACUUCCGAGUAAUUAUUGUAAUUUUUAAACAUUUUUUCAUUAAAUAUUUUGUAUUGUAUUAACAAUUUACUGUUUCGAGAGCUUCUGUAUUGCAAACAUUUAGGAUUGUUAAUUACAUCUUUAUGAAAUAUUACGAAGAAUGGUGAUAAAAAAAGAAAGUGUAAAAAUGGAUUCGAUAUGGUCCUGUAUAUAAUUUCGAUCAUGUACAAAUCACUAAAGAAAAAAUUUUUAUAAAAUUUUACUGAUGGAAAGACUGAAUCAUACAUACGAGUUUUUAUCGUCGUGUUCCAACAAAGAUCAUUUUCGAAAAUAAUCACGAUAUUAUCUUUAGGAAUUAGAAAAUAACAUUAUCUGCGAUAUAUUGAUGAUAUCUACAAUUCCUUUAGAUAACUCGGAAAAAAUUUUGCACCCUAUACUGUUUGCAAUAUUUUAUAAAGGAUGCUGCUGAAAUUAUGAAUCAUGUACUGAACUGUGUUUCUCUCUUAUUUCGAGAUUAUACGUGCGCAUCUAACGUCUGAGAGCUUAAUUUUUACUAAACAUUUUACAUUUUUCUAAUCGUAUGAACAGAAUAUUUCAACAUUUCAUUUUUUUAUUUAUUGUGCUAUUCAGAGUUUCUUUAAAUAUCAGUGUUCUCGAAUUUUAAAUAUUUUAAAUAUUUAAAAAUCUUUGUGAAUUUUAUAUAAGGAUAUACUUUGGCAAGUAUAUAUUUGAAAUUCUCUGGCACAUACAGAAGUCAGCUGUUUAAACAUAAUUUAAACAUAUUGUAUCAAUGUAAGGUAGAAAGUAACAGAUCUGCCAAAGUGUACAAAUUAUUAAUAUUAAUUUACACGAAUGAAUAAUCCAUUUUGGUUCAAAUAUCUUCUUCCUGUACAUUAUUUGAAAGAUUUGUUUUUGAUAGAUAGAUUUCUAAACAAUCAAAUAAAAAAUCAGUCUUCGUUAGAUAAUUUCGAUUUAGAUACUAUCUUCUUGAACCUUUUGUUAGUCAGAUCUAGCAUAGAAACAAAGUUAUAAUUUUUUCGUUGUAUAUAUUGUGUUUGAAAAUCUAAUGCUUUAUAUAUGAAGUUAAGAAAUUAUUCCAUAUCUUCCUUAUUUAUGCGCUAUAAAUAUAAAUUGAUUUUUGUUAAGAAAAAAAAUCCAUUAAUUGAAGGAUGAUUAUGUAUAAAUAAAUAUGUUGGAUUUCUGUAUUAAUGUAUUAUAUACAUGUAUUUUUUGUCUAACUUAGAGUUUAUUUCAGUAAAAGUUACCAACGGUGGUACAGUUGUACAUGUAUAUUAUGUGAAUGCAUAAUUGGGUGGAAGAACGGGGAAAGGCAAUGAUGUAGUGUAUAGAUAACGUUCGUUUAAUGUACUGUUAAGUUGAGUAAUUAUUAAUGUAUAUGUGUAUACUUAAUUAUGUUCAUAUGCGAGUUAUGUAAUUACGUUUGAUAAAACUCUAAUUUAGCAUGUGCAUUGAAAUUCGAAUAUUUCAUGAUACACAUACCAAGUCAUUAGCUAAAUCUUAGGAGAAAAAAAUUUAUAGUGAACUCUAUAUGUAUAUCAUCUUAAGUUAUUUCAUAUUGAUUUGAAAAGAGUUCAAUACAUUUUACUCUUGUAUAUUUCACUCGAAAUUCUCGUUAAUACAGUAUUAACAUGAUAUCCCAGAUUGCAUCAAAGAUCUGCAUUGGGACCAGAAUGUUAGUUUAUAAGACUAGAAAAGGCGAGUGAUGCAAAACAAUGAAUAGCAAAAACAAAAUGAAAAGUUAGAGUCAAAAUGUAAUAAUAAAUCAUCUUCACAUGUAAUUAAAUUGCUAUUUACUUUGUAAGAAUUACGCUAUUAUGCAAAAGACGCCUAAUAUGCAAUGUGAUAUUUUGCAAUGUUUAAUGUGUAAACAUUUCAUGUGUAUACAAAAUAAACAAGAAAAAAAAAUAAA